GUUUUCUGCUUUCACCUUCAGGAAUCCAAACGUACGAUGUCUGAAACCGCACCUGCCGUGCCUCCUGCCCCUUCUGCCGCGGAGAAAACGCAGGUCAAGAAGAAGGCCCGCAAGUCGGCAGGUGCCGCCAAGCGCAAGGCGUCCGGGCCCCCGGUGUCCGAGCUCAUCACCAAGGCCGUCGCCGCCUCCAAGGAGCGCAGCGGCGUGUCCCUGGCCGCGCUCAAGAAGGCGCUCGCGGCCGCCGGCUACGACGUGGAGAAGAACAACAGCCGCAUCAAGCUGGGCCUCAAGAGCCUGGUGAGCAAGGGCACCCUGGUGCAGACCAAGGGCACCGGCGCCUCGGGCUCCUUCAAGUUCAACAAGAAGGCGGCCUCGGGGGAAGCCAAGCCCAAAGCCAAGAAAGCGGGCGCGGCCAAGCCCAAGAGGGCCUCAGGGGCGGCCAAGAAACCCAAGAAGGCCGCGGGGGCGAGCACCCCCAAGAAGAGCGCCAAGAAGACCCCCAAGAAGGCCAAGAAGCCCGCGGCAGCGGCUGUCGCUAAGAAAGUGGCCAAGAGUCCGAAGAAGGCGAAGGCUGCCAAGCCCAAGAAGGCUGCCAGGAGUCCAGCCAAGCCCAAAGCCCCGAAGCCCAAGGCAGCCAAGCCUAAAGCGGCCAAGCCCAAGAAAGUGGCCGCCAAGAAGAAGUAAGCGAAUAUGGAACAGUUUAGAAUCUUUAAAGGCUCUUUUCAGAGCCACCCCCAGACCUCAGUAAAAGAGCUGUUGCACUCUGCAGUGUAAGGGGGCGUGGCGGGAAGAACCAGUCCCCGGACCAUGGGCGGCACCUACCGGGACACUAGUUAAACGCAGUCGGGCCUUUGAAAACUGUUCUCAGUGCGGUUAGAAACUCUGGGAUACUAUUUUGAGCACUAUUUCGACAUUAGUUGGCCCACACUCCACACGGUGCAAUAAGGGGGAGUAUAAGUUGGGCCAUAGCUUAUUUAAAAAUGUUACCCAGGGACCAUGUGCUUGGGGGAUGCUAGUGUUAUGUACUAUAUACCCACCUCAAAAAGAUUUGACACUGCACGGACCACUGGCAUUCCUCUUAGAUUGUUACAAAAGUACUUAAGCCACCAAGUCUAUUGAUAGAAAACCAAGAGACUAGGGAAUAAAGAAGGCAUUUCAAAGGUCACUGUAGUCCAGCAUAAUGCAGAAAUCCUGGUUCUUUCCAUUAGGUUGGUUAGCUGUAGCAGGAAUAAUGCGCAUCUCAUCAAGAACCCCUUGCACACCAGCUGCAGCAUCUAGGAAGUCAAAACGAGAUGAGACACCCUUCCCAAUGUAGGAAGUUUCACUAGCCAGUAAGAAGCUAUCUACACACAAACCGAAAGUUACAGUUUUUCCACGAAAGUUUCACCUACUCAAGGUUAAGAAAAAAUACUUUUGCUUGAAGAGGAUUAUAAAUAGAUUCUGGUAGCCUAGUCUAGACGUUCUGAUUGGGUCGAGACAAAGUACUGAAGCAGCCAAUGAAAAGCU